AUGGAGCCGCCGAGCCGCAGCAGCCGGAGGCCGGGGCCGGGGCCGGGGAGGAGCAGACCCGCCGGCCCGCAGGCUGCGGCAGAGCCCUGCGGCAGCCACCGCAAGAUGGAGCCGGCUCACCGUGGGAACAAGGACCAGGGACCGGCCUCAGCCAUGGGGGCCCCGUCUCUAUCGCCACGGGGCUCCAUUACCGCCACCUCCCCGGGACCGUUUGCUCCUCUCGUGGCCCCGUUCGGUGCAGAGGGCUCAGUUCGGUUCCAGCCGGAGGGCUCCAGUGGGCCCAUCUCAGCAGCGUACACUGGGGGGAACCUCCCCUUGGGGCACAGGGGCUCCAGGCCCGACACCCUCUUUGACCCUUUCCAUCCCGUCUCCCCUCGCUCGCAGCCCGAGGGCUCCCAGCACGUGGGGCCCGAGGAGAGGUCCCCGGGCAGGCACAGCCAGCCCCAGGCCCUGGAGAGCAGCAGAGCCCAGCCCGACGGCUCAGGUGGAGUCCAGCUCUUCACCCUGCUGUCCCCGGUGGAGUUCCGCCCGCUGUCCCCGGGCACCGGCAGCCCCUCCUCCCACCCCAGCCAGUCGCCCAGCCGAUCCGCGCUCCCUGAACUCUGCCCCCUGGAUCAAGGGCCCUCCGGGAAGAUGCUCCCUGUGGAGCGGAAAGAGCCACUCCCCAAGGCAGAGUCCAGUGACUACAUCUCCGGGGGGAGAAGUGGCUCAUCCCCCAGACCCGUGAGCCUCCCCAAAGCCAUCUCCAGUGAGUUCCUCUCCGGGGGAAGGAUCGGCCCCUCCAAGUCCAUGACCCUGGCCAAGGCCGAGUCCGAGGAGUUCCCCUCGUACGGGAGGAGCAGCCCUUCCCUCGCCCUGCCUGGCUGCAUGGACCCCUCCGAGACUUCCCUGAGCUGGCUGGGCAAGGCCAAGGAGAACGGCGCAUUCCGGAUCACCGUGGUCACGUGGAACGUUGGCACAGCCAUACCCCCGAGCGAUGUGACAUCCCUGCUGCACCUCAACACGGGCGACACAAACGACACCGACAUGAUCGUCAUUGGGCUGCAGGAGGUGAACUCCAUGAUCAACAAGCGCCUGAAGGACGCCCUCUUCACAGACCAGUGGAGUGAGCUCUUCAUGGACGUGCUGAGUCCCUUCAACUUUGUAUUGGUGAGCACGGUGCGGAUGCAGGGUGUGAUCCUGCUGGUGUUUGCCAAGUACUAUCACCUCCCCUUCCUGCAGGACAUCCAGACGGACUGCACCAGGACCGGGCUGGGCGGCUACUGGGGCAACAAGGGCGGGGUCAGCGUGCGGCUUUCCGUCUUUGGCCACAUGGUCUGUUUCCUGAACUGCCACCUGCCGGCUCACCUGGAGAAGGCCGAGCAGCGCAAGGAGGAUUUCACCACCAUCCUCAACAUGCAGCAGUUCGAGGGGCGCGCAGCCAACGGCAUCCUGGACCACGACAUCGUCUUCUGGUUUGGGGACCUCAACUUCCGCAUCGAGAGCCUGGACAUCCGCUUUGUGAAGUACGCCAUCGACAACAGCAUCCUGAGCCAGCUGUGGGAGAAGGACCAGCUGAACAUCGCCAAGGGCACCUGGCCCAUCCUGAGCGGCUUCCAGGAGGGGCUCCUCAACUUCCCGCCCACUUUCAAGUUCGACGUGGGCACCAACCAGUAUGACACCAGCGCCAAGAAGCGGAAACCAGCCUGGACCGACCGCAUCCUCUGGAAGAUCAAGUCCUGCGAUGCCCCGCACAACCCCGGCGGCCGGAGGCCCAGCAGGACCAGCCUGGCCGUGACCCAGCUCUGCUACUGCAGCCACAUGGAGUACGUGGUGAGCGAUCACAAGCCUGUGGCUGCCAUCUUCGCCGUGCAGUUUGCCUCCAAGACCGACAAGCCCUUGGUUGAGAUUCAAGUGGCCGAUGAGUGGUCCAGACCCGAGCAAGCCAUUGUCCGAUACAAGAUGGCCACCGUCUUCCACAGGAGCUCCUGGGACUGGAUAGGUCUCUACCGGGUGGGUUUCAGGCACUACAAGGACUACGUGGCGUAUGUGUGGGCCAAACACGAGGACCCAGAGGGCGGCGUGUACCAGGUGGUGUUUUCGGAGGAGGCGCUCCCCAAAGGGAAGGGCGAAUACAUUCUCGGUUACUACGGCAACAACUACAGCAGCAUCACUGGGGUGACAGAACCCUUCCAGAUCUCGCUGCCCACGUCGGAAGAGGGCAGCAGCCAAACGGACAGCUCGAACGCCAGCUCCGAGGAGGAGGACAACAGCACCCUGGUCCUGCUGGCGCCCAAGUCCCGCAGCCCCAGCCCUGGCAAGAUGAAGAGCCACCGGAGCCGCAGCCCCAGUCUCCCCAAGUUCCAGGGGCUCAUCCUGAGGCCGACGAGCCGCGAACGGGGGGCCAGCCGCAGCCCGUCCCCGCAGAGCCGACGCCCCGUGAAGGGCGAGAUCCCCAGCAUCCAGCUGCCAAAGGAGGAGCCGCCCUGGCACAAUGCCAAGAGCAAGGAGCCAGCGCGGGCUGCCGAGAGCCGGGAGAGCAGCCGUGCCCCCGGCUACAGGACUGUGGGGGAGCACUGCGGCACCUGGUGCCUCUCUGACGACAACCCCUUGGCCAGGGCCAACCCCAGGAACCUCGGACUGCUGCCCGCGCUCCGCCUGGAGACUGUCGACCAGGCCAUGGGCCCAAGGCGGGCGAGCGCAGACCAGGGCUACCCUGCCAGGAGGAUGAGCCCCACCAGCCCCACCGCCGGGGCUGCCAACCUGUUCAGCACCUCCCCCAAAGAGGGGAGCGGUUCCAGGGACAGCCAGGACCCCCUGCCAGCUGCGGCCGCCACUGGAGCCACUCAGGGCCGAGCAGCUGGCAUCACGCUGUGA